AGUUGGGAAUGUGUAUUUUGUAUUUUAUUUUUUGUACAUAUUUAUGUUUCAUCAUCUGAACAAAUAAUAAUCCGCUUGGAAUGGCCUACCAAGAGGUCAAGAAGGAGGUGGCCCUGGACCAAAGGUAAGGUGUCUGUCUCCUGGGUGAGUACAUUUAACACCUAGUUGCACACACUUACUUCCCACGUUUAUGCACACAUCAAAUCAGGUUACAGACCAUUUAGCUGGGCUUAAGACCCCUAGACAUAACGAGAGCAACAAAAUCAGUACACUAGUUAUUGGUUUUGUAGCAGUUCCUUUAAUAUUGCUAUACUGUAACAAUGUCCAUUAGCUCAGGUGCGAUGACAUUCACAGUGGUGUGUGUGUUUUAGGUCAGUGAGCCUAAACGUCAGGGUGGUGUUUGUGGCUGGCCAUAGGGUCCUCCUCCUACUGUACCAUCCACACCCUCAGCCCCACUCAGCCCAUACUCCUCCCCGGGAACACUGCUCUCACCCCAGGGCCCUUCCACACACUACCCCUCCCUGGAGGAUCACAUGGCAAGUGUGGGUUUAGCUGUGGUGCCAAACGCCUGGGACCAGCCCUUACUGCUGGGUGUGAAGGGCACCACCCCAGACCCUGGCUCCUACCGUUUCCUGACGCCCGCUGAGUUUUUAGAGUUGGAGGGGGACACUUAUGAGGAGCCAGGUGGACUGCCAUCGAUGUACCAGAAGGCCCAUGAGGAGAGGGAGAAGAGUGUACAGGACUGGCAGAAGACUGUGAAGGAUGCCCACCUGAACAAAGAGCGGUGGCGUCAGUUCCAGGCCCUGGUGGAGCAGAAGUUCCAUGAUUGGCUGUUGGAGUCGGGACACAGACAUGGGCUGGACAGCCUUAUCCCCCCCUGCAUCCCUUUCCAGGACGCCUCGCACAGCGACAGCCUGGAGGCCGGGCCAAAUGACACUAGGCAGGAAGGGACAUCUAGAUGGACAGUGGGGAGGACACCUUUUGCCUUGCUGACUUUUUGGGUUCUUGUUGAUGGAGAUCCCCAUACAAAGAAGCUUUUGCCUCACAGUCAGCUGUUUGCUUCACAGCCACUGGUAGCACUAAGCCCUUUGUUUGCAUGCUGUCCACAGUUCCAGGCAGGCCUGGAUCUGAUCUGAGGAUCACUAGACUGCAGAAGGGUGGCCUGGUAUACACCUCUGGCUCUGUUCUCGUCCCCUGUAUCCUGUCUCGCCCUCCCACUGCUGCAUUCCUUCAUCUAGUUGAGACUGGUGCGUCCAGAUUCUCUACCCUUGCACACUCACUCUCAUGGAUUUAACAAUGGUGGGGAUGGUAGAAAAUCAGGACACAGGCAGUGGUCCUAGAGUACUUGGGGUACGACUACAGGGUACCUAUUGUUAGCCACUCAGGUUAGAUCUGCCUAGAGUCUGGUUCUUCUGCUAUGGGUACUGUACCAAUUAAAUAAUAGGGAAUCAUUUAACUGUCUGUUAAAUUCAGAGAUUGACCUUCCAGUAUAGGGGAAAGAUGUAUUAAUGUAUACAUAUGAUAUUAAGUUGUUAGUAUGUAUUUUCUGGUAGCGUAGGAGAGAGGGUGUGAUGAAUUUAAAGGCCUGUGCCAAAUUCCAAGGAAUGUAAUACCUUUAGCACCUGAGUGCCAAUCUGUUUGUGCUGUCAUGUCAACUCCUUAUCACUCAUUGUCAUGUCAAACUGUUUCAAAAUGUUUGACUUUGGCAAUGGGGUUGGCAAGAGCACAAACCGAUCUGGGACCAGGCUAGUACCUCCCUCAGAUGGGACUUUGGUCUGUAGACUAUAAUAGCCACCUCGAAGAAGAUGGCAGAACACAUUAGUGUUGUGAGAAGAGAAAGAUGCCUUUGAGGGAGCAGUUAUAUUCCGUUACAUGGGCCAUUAAGUUAUAUUCCGUUACUGUGUACUAUUAAAAUAAGCCUAGCAUGCUCCAGAGAAUGCUGAUGUUGCUAGGUUACCCGGUAUUUCUCUUCCUUAUUAGUCAUUUGCUUUGCUUCUUCGGCCAGUGUGGAUGGAUGAGAUUGUAUUAUUGUUCUUCUGCCUUGCUGCUGUAGUUUAGUUCUCAGGGACUUCCCCUGUGUAUGGCCUCUUUAUUGUUAUGUCAUCUUAUUGGGUUACUUUUUAUUUUAUAUUUGAUUUUAGUUUAUUUAGCAAAUAUUUUCCUAACUCUAUUUCUUGAACUGCGUUGUUGGUUAAGGGCUUGUAAGUAAGCAUUUCACGGUAAGGUCUGUUGUAUUCUGCGAAUGUGACAAAUAAAAAUUGAUUUGAUUUGCCUUUCAAUUAAAUUGCACUAUGUCGGCCUACCUACAUGUUACAAUGGAAAUUAUUUUCAAUGUUUUCUAA